AUGACAAGAAUUUUAAAUGCAUUAAUUGCUAGUCACGAUAGAAGAAUAAGGCCUAAUUUUGGAGGCCCACCAACUAUAGUUAAUGUAACAAUUCAUGUAAUUACAAUAAGUGCUAUUUCUGAAGUUUCUAUGGAUUAUACAUUGGAUUUAUAUUUACGGCAAUUUUGGCAUGACAGUAGAUUAGCUUUUAGUGGAAUUCUUGCUCAUCAAAAUUUAACUGUCGGUAUAGACAUGGUUAAAUCUAUAUGGACACCCGACACUUUUUUCCCAAAUGAAAAGAAAUCUUAUUUUCACGAAACAACUUCACACAAUUCUUUUUUAAGAAUUGAUAGUAAUGGUAAUGUUUUAAGAAGUAUUCGUUUAACUGUUACAGCUAAUUGUCCAAUGAGUUUACAUACUUUUCCUUUAGACAAACAAGUAUGUCCUUUAGAAAUUGAGAGUUAUGGCUAUAGCACAAGUGAUAUUAUUUACCAAUGGAAACAAAUAGAAAAUACUUCUUCUUUCCCUGUAACUAUUGACGAUGAUGUUCAUUUAGCCCAUUUUAGUAUUGGAGGGUUUUAUCAAAUUGAGAGAACAAUUUCUUUAAGUACUGGAAAUUAUUCAAGACUAACUGCAUAUUUUACUUUUAAAAGAAAUUUGGGGUUUUAUUUAAUACAAAUUUAUUUUCCCUCAUCUUUAAUUGUUGUAAUUUCUUGGGUUUCUUUUUUCUUAAAUCGGGAAGCUACACAAGCUCGUGUAACUAUUGGAGUAACUACAGUUUUGACACAAACAACAUUAAUGACAUCGACUAAUGCUUCUUUACCUAAAGUUUCUUAUGUUAAAAGUUUGGAUAUAUUUUUGGGUGUCUGUUUUUUUAUUGUAUUUGCAAGCCUCUUAGAAUAUGCUACUGUUGGAUUUUUAAUGAAAAGACAACGUCGACGAAGACAUAGCCUUCGAAGACCGUCAAUUUUACCAGCAACAGCUUUAUUACCUCGUUCUUCUACAGCUACAGUUUGCUUUUUUGAAUUGGAAGAUGGAACUUUGAGAAGAAUGGAUCAAGUUAUUAUUCCUCCCCCACCCCCAACACAAAUUCAAACAAAUAAUAAAAAUAUUAAUGGACAUUCUAAACGUUUUAGAAAUUCUUGUAGAAAAUAUUCAGCAGCUCCCUUAAAUGUUUCGAAUGGAGAUUCCAAUGAUAAUUGCAAUGCAGGCCAACCUCUUCUAAAUAAUCAUAGGCAAAGUCUCAAUACUUUUGAACAACGUCCACUCUCAGCAAAUCGCCGCCCUAGUAGCUAUUUUCUUUCUGCUCAUCAUCAAUCGCCGAUUAAUGGCGAGCAACGGAGGCCUAGCUGCCUUUUGUAUUUACCUGAAGAGAAUGCUGUUCCUUUUUGUGAACAAACAACAGAAGAGGAACGAAGGAAAAGUUUAAAAAGCAUUAACCAAUUAGGUAAAUGUUCAAUUAGAGCUUCACAUGUAGAUCUUUUUUCGAGAAUUGCAUUUCCUAUAUUUUUUGUUUGUUUUCAUCUUGGAUAUUGGCUUAUUUAUUUAAAUUUAGAAUAA